UUUUCGAGAGGAGGGGGUGGGGAUGCUGAGUCACAGAUCUGUCACUGCUUCUCACCUCUCCCCAGCCCUCCGGGGGCUAAAGCAAAAGCGAAAGCGAAUGCGACUCGCGGGGCAGCCGGUCCCGGGAGCUGCGCCCAGCACCUCCUCCGGGACGGUCGGGCAUCUGCCCGCGCGGCCGGCGGGGCGUCCGGGCCGCUGCGAGCCCAGGGCCCGGCUCGGGCCAUGGCCGGGCGGCGGAGGUCUGGCUGCAGGGUCAGCGCCCUCGCCGCGCUGCUGUCGCUGCUGCAGCUGCUGCUGACGCUCGGGCCGGCGACGCCAGGCAUCACAUGCCCUCCUCCCAUGUCGGUCGAACAUGCAGACAUCCGGGUCAAGAGUUACAACGUGAGCUCCAGGGAGCGGUACACAUGUAACUCUGGCUUCAAGCGUAAAGCCGGGACAUCCAGCCUGACCGAAUGCGUGUUCAACAAGACCAUGAACAUGGCCCAGUGGACAAUUCCCAAUCUCAAGUGCAUCAGAGACCCCUCCCUGACUCACCUAAGGCCAUCCUCCACAGAAGUGCCAGCAGGGGUGACCCCAGAGCCACAGAGCACCUCCCUUUCUGGAAAAGAACCAGCUUUCACUUCCACAUCAGACACCACAGUGGCCACAAAGCCCGAUAUUGUGCCAGGCUCCAGGCCGAUGCCAUCAAAGCCUCCUGCUACAGGAACCACAGGGCCGAUCAGUCAGGAACCCUCCCAAGCCCUACCUCAGACAACGGCAAAGGCCUUGGAACGCACUCCCUCCGCCUCACAGGAGACACCAGGUACAUAUUCAUACAGUUCUGGAGCUGUGACUGUGGCGAUCUUCACACCUGUCGCUGUGCUCGGGGUAGUAUGUGCGGUGCUUCUUCUGGUCUGUUACCGAAAAUCCAGGCAAACUUCGCAGACACCCAGUGUUGAAAUGGAAAGCAUGGAAGAGAUGCCAAUGACUAGGGGAACCAGCAGCAGAGAGGAGGAUGCAGAAAACUACCCACACGACCUGGGACACUCAGGGGGAGACUGAGGGCAGCAGAGACUUGAGCGAAGGCGCCAACCCUGCCCUAGCCGAAGAGGACCUGGAAACGACUCAAGGAGCUGGGCACCAGGAAACAGCCCAUCAGGGUGAUAAAACAAACGUCUUGGCAUCAUUUUAUCAACAGCACCCAGCCAAGACACCUCCUAGGCUCUGCAGUCUCAGGAUGGAUGCUUGGGACCCGUCCUGCCCUGCCCGGCCUCAGGUGUAGGGCUGCCUUCCCCAGAUCCCAGCAGUUGAAGCUUUCCUGGGAGUGGCUGAAGGCCUCGGCUUUCCUUUUAUUUCAUUGUGACAUUUAUUUGGGAUGGCUUAGCAGCUUGACUAUUCCACCCCUCAUCCUGACUUGCAGUUUACAGAGAAAAGAAAUACACCUGAGACUCUAAGAUAAUUCUGAGUCUCCUGCUGGCUUAAGAGAUGUCUACAAGGAUGACAACAGUGUUGCAGCUCUAAACGCUGUCCCUCUACUGAGGUGCUCUGCAGGCACUGAAAGGGAGCAGAGGUAUCGUGCCCCAUCAAUCCACUUAAGGAUUCACAAAGAAGGAAACUGAACUCAGUGACAUUUUCCAUGUAUAUGCAUUUCUAUUUAUACUCCCUAUUAUAUCUACAUAUUUUAUAUAACUGUUAUUUUGAAAUUGUGCCUUGUAUAAACAAAAUGUCUAUUUUCAAUAUAAAAAAAAAAUGCACUGAAAGAAUCACUGAGAAGAAAUGUGCCAUAAAUAAAAAAGAGGAGAAAGAGCGGGAAUGCAGAGUCCCAAACAGUUGAGCUUGGCUUUUCUUUCUAAAAGGAGAAAAAAAAAAAAAAGACCUUGCCUAAAGCUAGAUCAGAUCACA